AUGCGCUCGUGCGGCAGGGGAGAUCAUGCGCUCGUGCGGCAGGGGGGGUCAUGCGCUCGUGCGGCAGGGGAGAUCAUGCGCUCGUGCGGCAGGGGGGGUCAUGCGCUCGUGCGGCAGGGGAGAUCAUGCGCUCGUGCGGCAGGGGGGGUCAUUCGCCCUUCCCCGUCCAGCCCUUCCCGUCGCGCCGUUCCCAGUCGCGCCCUUCGCCCGUCUUGCCCCAUUGAGAUCUCUGCUCUUCGAGACGUCUCAAAAAUCAUUCCCAGUCGCGCCCUUCGCCCGUCUUGCCCCAUUGAGAUCUCUGCUCUUCCUUCGAAGUCCCACGGAUCUGUGCUCAUGAAGACGACUUUUGAGGCGCCUCAAAAGUCUUACCCCAUUGAGAUCUCUGCUCUUCCUUCGAAGUCCCACGGAUCUGUGCUCAUGAAGACGACUUUUGAGGCGCCUCAAAAGUCUUGCCCCAUUGAGAUCUCUGCUCUUCCUUCGAAGUCCCACGGAUCUGUGCUCAUGAAGACGACUUUUGAGGCGCCUCAAAAGUCUUACCCCAUUGAGAUCUCUGCUCUUCCUUCGAAGUCCCACGGAUCUGUGCUAAUGAAGACGACUUUUGAGGCGCCUCAAAAGUCUUGCCCCAUUGAGAUCUCUGCUCUUUCUUCGAAGUCCCACGGAUCUGUGCUCAUGAAGACGACUUUUGAGGCGCCUCAAAAGUCUUACCCCAUUGAGAUCUCUGCUCUUCCUUCGAAGUCCCACGGAUCUGUGCUCAUGAAGACGACUUUUGAGGCGCCUCAAAAGUCUUACCCCAUUGAGAUCUCUGCUCUUCCUUCGAAGUCCCACGGAUCUGUGCUCAUGAAGACGACUUUUGAGGCGCCUCAAAAGUCUUGCCCCAUUGAGAUCUCUGCUCUUCCUUCGAAGUCCCACGGAUCUGUGCUCAUGAAGACGACUUUUGAGGCGCCUCAAAAGUCUUGCCCCAUUGAGAUCUCUGCUCUUCCUUCGAAGUCCCACGGAUCUGUGCUCAUGAAGACGACUUUUGAGGCGCCUCAAAAGUCUUGCCCCAUUGAGAUCUCUGCUCUUCCUUCGAAGUCCCACGGAUCUGUGCUCAUGAAGACGACUUUUGAGGCGCCUCAAAAGUCUUGCCCCAUUGAGAUCUCUGCUCUUCCUUCGAAGUCCCACGGAUCUGUGCUCAUGAAGACGACUUUUGAGGCGCCUCAAAAGUCUUGCCCCAUUGAGAUCUCUGCUCUUCCUUCGAAGUCCCACGGAUCUGUGCUCAUGAAGACGACUUUUGAGGCGCCUCAAAAGUCUUGCCCCAUUGAGAUCUCUGCUCUUCCUUCGAAGUCCCACGGAUCUGUGCUCAUGAAGACGACUUUUGAGGCGCCUCAAAAGUCUUGCCCCAUUGAGAUCUCUGCUCUUCCUUCGAAGUCCCACGGAUCUGUGCUCAUGAAGACGACUUUUGAGGCGCCUCAAAAGUCUUGCCCCAUUGAGAUCUCUGCUCUUCCUUCGAAGUCCCACGGAUCUGUGCUCAUGAAGACGACUUUUGAGGCGCCUCAAAAGUCUUGCCCCAUUGAGAUCUCUGCUCUUCCUUCGAAGUCCCACGGAUCUGUGCUCAUGAAGACGACUUUUGAGGCGCCUCAAAAGUCUUGCCCCAUUGAGAUCUCUGCUCUUCCUUCGAAGUCCCACGGAUCUGUGCUCAUGAAGACGACUUUUGAGGCGCCUCAAAAGUCUUGCCCCAUUGAGAUCUCUGCUCUUCCUUCGAAGUCCCACGGAUCUGUGCUCAUGAAGACGACUUUUGAGGCGCCUCAAAAGUCUUGCCCCAUUGAGAUCUCUGCUCUUCCUUCAUACACUUCCAUCUUCAUCCCCUUCCUUUUGAGACGUCUCAAAAAACGCGCCCUUCCAAGACGGGCGUCUUGCCCCAUUGAGAUCUCUCUUCUUCCCUCUCCCAUACACUUCCAUGUUCAUCCCCCUCCCUCAACCAUCCCCUUUUCCUCUAUUCCCCCCCUUCUCUCCGCCCCCUUCCCCCUUCCCCUUUUUCCCUCCUCGUUCGCUCCGGCAGGCCGGGCUGAUUGCCAAUGCCACGUCGGUGCUUCGGGAUCUCUCCCCUUCCCUUACCCAUCCGCUGCCUUCACCCAUCCCGCCCUUCCUCCAUCCCCCCUCUCAGGUCGGGCUGAUUGCCAAUGCCACGUCAGUCCUUCGAGAUCUCACCCAUCUGGUGAGUCUCACGCACUGCUGGAACGAUGCUGUACCAACGCCGUCGCAAUGCUGUUGCAUGCCAUGCUGUAG